AAAUCAUCGACGCGGGCCGGAUUAGUAGUGAAAUGCCAGCAUGAGAUGUUGCCAGUCCCACGAUUCGCGUCUCAUCAACUAGCACGACCGUCUACGCGCUUGCUCCUGACCGCCAGCAACACACGCGCGCCUGGCCGUCUCCGCAAAUCCCAUCAGCCGCUGCGGCCAUACAGCGACAACCCCUUCACCAUGCCUCCCAAACCCAAGAAGGAAAUCGGCGUGCCGCGCCCCAGCUCCAGCGUUCUGCUCAUCUCCCCCAACAACCAGCUCCUCCUGCUCCAACGCGUCAAACAGUCCUCCUCUUUCCCCUCCGCUCACGUCUUCCCCGGAGGCAACGUCUCCGAACAACACGACGGCGCCGUCCCCGGCCCAGACUCGCCGCAACGCCACGUGGACAACGACGCCUACCGCAUGGCCGCCAUCCGCGAGUGCUUCGAGGAAUCCGGCAUCCUGCUCGCGCGCAACAACGGUUUCGGCCGCCUGAUCGAGCUGCCCGAAGCGGAGCGCGAAGCCGGGCGGAAAGCAAUCCACUCUAACACCGCUUCGUUCCCGCAGUGGCUGGCGCAGAAAGGCGGGCGCGCGGACGUCGACGGCCUCAUCCCUUUCACGCGCUGGGUGACGCCGACGAAUGUGCCGCGCCGCUUCACCACGCAGAUGUACCUUUACUUCUUGCCUACGCUGUCCUCCACGCCGCUGUCCGAUGGCAGCAGCGCGGCUGACGAGGAAGCCGAGGUCAAGAUCCCUACGCCCACUACUGAUGGUGGACUCGAGCAUACUGCUGCUCGCUGGCUCCCGGCCUCCGUCUGGUGUCGCUUGGCGCAAGAAGGCCGCAUUAUCCUCUUCCCUCCGCAGUUCUUCCUGUUACAUCAAGUCGCGCAGUUCUUGGACGACCUUUCAGCUCCGACUGCAUACGGCUCCCUCUCGCGGAAACCGCUGCCGCGAGAGGAGCUAGAGGCCCGACGGAAGCGGUUGACAGAGUUCGUCAGGACUGGUGAUCCGCCGUGGACAGAUAAGUGCAUUUCGCCGAUCGCUUUGCCGGCCCGUGACGGAAAGAAACGCGAGGAUGGACGGACUGUGUUGGGCUUGGACAAGCCUGGACCAGAGUUGGCGGGAUCGGAUCGGAGAGGCUUGCGCGAGCAGUGUGUGCUGGUGAGCUUUCGGAAGGAUGGGCCGCGGCAGGUGGGCGUGAUCUCGAGGGAGGAGGCAUUGGAGACUGCCAAGUUAUAAUAUAUACUAGUAGACGGAAGGGGUUAUAUGUACAUUGGGGUGUAGAUGCUGGCGAUUAUUACG